UUGACAUUGAAAUUGGAAAAAGAACGUCAACUACAAUAACUUGGUUUUGACUAGUUGACUUUCUCCUGAUGUCGUUUGGAAGCAUGGAGGCAUGGCAGGGACAUGAUGUGGAGCACAAUGAUCUUCAAUCUUUUUUAGAGAAAUGCAACUCUAAUGAAAUGUUGAUUCCAGGACCUGCUGGAAAUGUACAAGCCGCAAUGCUUAACAGGCUGACAGAUGAACCCCAAAGCACCUAGGAGUUUGUUAACAAAAUAAAAAAGGCAACAUAUGAAAGAGAUUUUAAUUCAAACCCCUGGCUUUGGGCAAAAAUGUUCAUUAAACACCACGGACUUGUAGAACAUGGCAAUAUGGACAAUGUGACAAAGCUUGAAUGCGGAAAGUCAAUGCUUCGCCUCCCAUUUGUGGCAUGCAUUGUUAAACAAUGUAACCCAAAUGGAUUGGGUGACAUGAAAAUAUCUGUUAAGGACCCCAGUGCAACAGUGUCUGCUUCUGUGCACAAAAAAGUCCUAUUGCAUCCCGAGUUUGGUCCGGAAAUAGGAGUUGGUGUUGUCUUGUUAUUGCAACGUGUUGCUGUAUUUAUGCCUAAUCGAAGAACUUACUAUUUGAACAUAACUGUGCGCAACGUCGUAAAGGUGUUCAAAGCAGACAUAGGACCUCCUACUGAAGAACUAGUGAGGGCUUUCUCCAAACCUCACGUUGCAUGCGAGCCAUGUGGCGAAUCCAACAAGGAAAAGCAAGAUGUUGGUCCAUCAGAAAUGCCAACUACAUCUACCUUCAAUAAUGCAGACACAACCCCAAUGGAAGAUUAAUGACGGGUUGAACAAAAAUGCUAUUUACUUAUUGUACUCACUAGUCUACAUUAUUAGUAGUAAUAUUCAGUCAUGUAUUGAAUUUCGUAUUUUCAAUAUCAGUGCUAUGUUUCUUUUUUGAGCAAACCAUUCCAUAUAGCUUCAUUAUGUCUUUGAUGGUAUUGCACUUUUUNGUUAUAGUCAAAUGAAUGAAUUAAUGUUGGUGAGUUACUUUGGGUGGUUG